GCUUGAAACUCGGGCUUUUAUUUUGAAAAGCUUUGAAAUCAGUAUCGAGCGUUCUCAUUGGCUCCUCUGUCAGCCAAUGAAGAAAGCCCUUGUACGAAUGCCCUGCUUUCUCCAUGUGAGAAGUGCUACAUGCUAAAUAAUCAUCAUGCUUCGUCGAGAAGUAAGACAGCGUCGAGAGUACCUGUACAGAAAGGCCCAGGAGGACCGGCUCCGCACCAUCGAGGAGAAGAAGCAGAAGCUCAAGGGAGCACUUGAAGAAAAUCGUCUCCUCCCAACUGAAGUACGCAAAGAUGCCCUGGAGCUGCAGAAACUACUGGAGUACGACGAUGAAGGAGCAGAAGGUGUCAGCUCACACAUGGAUGAUGAGUAUAAAUGGGCCGGAGUGGAAGAUCCUAAAAUCCUGGUGACCACCUCCAGAGACCCCAGCUCCAGACUCAAAAUGUUCUCCAAGGAGAUAAAGCUGAUGUUUCCUGGAGCCCAGCGCAUGAACAGAGGAAACCACGAGAUGAACGCACUGGUCGGCGCCUGCAAAGCCAACAACGUCACUGACCUCGUCAUCAUACACGAAACCAGAGGAAACCCAGACGCCCUGGUGGUGUGCCACUUGCCUUUUGGACCCACGGCAUACUUCACCCUUUACAACGUGGUAAUGAGGCACGAUGUUCCCGACAUCGGCACCAUGUCUGAGGCCUACCCCCACCUCAUUUUCAACAACUUCUCCUCCCGCCUCGGCACCAGGGUAUCAAAUAUCCUCAAGUAUCUCUUCCCGGUGCCAAAGGAGGACAGUAGGCGGGUCAUCACGUUCUCCAACCAAGAGGACUUCAUCUCUUUCAGACAUCACACCUACAAGAAAACAGACCACAAGAACGUGGUACUGACUGAAGUCGGACCCAGGUUUGAAAUGAAAUUGUAUAUGAUCAAACUGGGCACCCUGGAGAACGAGAGUACGGCGGAUGUGGAAUGGCGUCACCAUGCAUACACACACACAUCCAAGAAGAGGAGGUUCCUCAGUGUGCAAUAAAAAUAGUAAUAAAGCAAACCGUUGUACAAAACUGUGCUUUCUGGACUAUGUUUUAUUCCAUUCUUCAAAUAUGGUGUUUUUUAAAUGACAAGUGAGUGAGGGUUUCACACAGUCAAACUGCAUCGUAUUCAUCAAGACUAACAGUCAUUUUCAAAACCAAAUUCAAAAUGUUAUAACUGUUGUACUAUUUUAAAAAUAAAAUGUGUAUCUUUACAUUUA